AUGGAAGUAUCUAAACGUAAAGCAAAUGGUGUUUCGCCGACAAAUGGAAACGCACACAAGAAAAAGAAAAAAACAAUUGACACUGAACAAGAUCUAGAAAUAGUAUAUUUCGAAUCAGAAAUCAAUUUUCAUUCUACUGUCACAAAAAUGAAAGUACAUGCAUUAUUAAAUGAAGUAACAUUAAAAAACAACCAGCGUACUGAAAUCGAUCAAUUUAUUAAAAAGAUUACCGAUGAAAUUAAAUCGAUUCCUCAAGGAAAAAUUCGACAUCUUUCAAAGAUGUCUGAAUGGCUUGAAAAAUUCGACAUAAAAAUUCCAUUAUCAUUUUCUAAGAUGAGCAAACCAUUUCAAUUUAUUCCACCAACUAUUGUUGAAACAAUUGGUUCCUACACGUAUGAUGGUUUAAUUGUGAAAUCAUCGAAUAAAAUAUCAACACUUGUCGAUUUACUUGUUGAAAUGCCACGCAUUUGUAUUCAUAAGAAGGAUUAUCUAAAUAAUGAGUACAUCGAAAAACGUGCGACUUAUCUUUGUUAUUUAGCAAAAAAACUUAAAUAUUCAUUAGAAUUUUCACAUUUAAAUGAUACAACACUUAAUCAAGUUGUGCUACUCGUCAGACCAAACGAAACAUCAUCAUUUGCUAUACGAAUUUUACUUGCACCAGAAAAAGAUUACUUUAAUGAAAAACGUCUAUUACCGACACCGAGUAAUCUUCGAUGGAACUGGUUUACUGGCAAUGAAGAAGUUGAUGAACCAUUUUAUUCAACACCGAAUUAUAAUACAUCUGUUCUCUUCGAUUGUCGUUAUCGAUCAACAUCAGAGUAUUUAACUGAAUUGUUUUUAUCAUCAAAUGAAUUGUGUAGUGGAUUGAAAUUAUUUAAAAUUUGGUUAGAGCAACGACAAUUAUCACAUGGAUUCGGUUCAUUUGAAGGUGCUAUGCCAGCAUUUCUAUUAGCAUAUUUAUUGCAUACGAAGAAAAUAAAUAAACAAAUGAAUAGUUAUCAAGUAUUUCGUAUUUUAUUAGUUGCAUUAAUGGAAAAUGAUUUUUCAUCAUCUCAAUGUUGUUCGUUAACACAUGAAAAAAUUACGGAAGAUUCAUUCAUUGAAGAUGAGUGUGUACUUGUUGAUCAUUCUGGUUUAUUAAAUGUAUUCCAUUCAUUACUACGAGCUCAUUAUAAUAGACUAAAACAAGAAGCACGUAUCUCAUUGAAUUCUUUUAAUGAUCCAGCCAUUGAUCAUUUUCAAACAUUAUUCAUUACUUCUAUGGAACCAAUCUAUAGUAUGGACGCAAUCAUUCAAAUUUCAUCACUUGAUCAACAUGAUAAACUUCUUGAUCAAAAAUCAAAUAGAAACCAAUUAAUUAUGGAUAAUCUUAAUAAUAAACAUCUUUUAUUAUCCCGAGAAGUUCUUAAACUGCUUGAAUGUGGUUUGAAAGAGCGUAUAAAUUUACUUUGUCCUCUGCCUGCAUUUCACCAAACAAUAAAAACAGUAAGUUUCUUAUCUUGA